AGAGUGACAGUGUUGUUAUCGACAAUGAAUGAUUGUGCAAAGUUUCUACUAUAUCAAGAAGUGGGAGAAACAAUCUGUGUAAACAUCCUGCCAGACAGAUUGACAAAAUGAGAACAUUUAAAGAAGUCAAAACCUUAGCCAUUGAACUAGAAACUCUUGAAGAAAUAAAACUAAAACUUGAAAAGAUUGCGGUGGAUAUAAGCAAAGUCCUGGAAGAAGGGAGAGAAUGGAUUAAUGAAAAAAGUAACUUAUCGUUCUUGGAAAUCAAAAACACAGUUUCAUUUGAAGUGUGUCGCUGUAAAGAGAGAUGUUUAAAUGUAGCAGGCUACCAAAACAAUGCGAUGUCUAGUCAGAUGACCACCACACAGAAUACUGCGAUAGAGGGGAGUGUUGUUGACAGGCCAGUCAGCUGCACGUGCUCAGACAAAAGGAAUGACCAAGGAGUAAAUGAAGCGAACAACACAUUAAAAGUAACACACAUGAAAAAGUCAAAAUCUCUAAGAAAAAAAGUGCAAGAAACAGAACAAACUUUAAAUCAAAGAACCGAACAGAUCCUGAUCGAACUUCAAAAUGCUAGUAGUUUUAUGUCUCUUUUACAAACUCAAGCAGAAGAUAUAUGUAGAGAAUUGAAUGACCUUAAAGAAAACAGAUAUACUCUAGAUAACAAGAUUAACGCACUGGACAGAAAGUUGGAGGAACAUUUAGCAUUGCACUUUGAAUCUGGGAAAGCAGUUGGAAUACAAAAGAGUCAGAGAUAUCAUAAUAUGGGAACCCUUGAACUCGGGGAAGCUGUGGAUGACAAGUGUGACACGAAAUUAGAUGUCAUCAGACAAGAAAUAGAGGACUUGACGAUAGAACAAUGUGGCAGAUUUGUUUGUCCAAUGUGUAGUGUAUAUAUCUAUGGAUUUCGCUACACAGGAAAGAAAGGCGUUAUGUGCUUGGAAUGCUGGAAAGAAUAUAUUUUGAGUUGGUACACUUAAGUGAAGUGGUGUUUGAAAAUCAAAUCUAGCAAUCAAGAAUUUGGAGUCUCGAUCUUCGACACUUGGUUUUGGUGCUAAACUAAUUUAAAAAAAU